AUGAAAUCCAUAUUCUCCCUCUUAUUCUGCACCUUCGGGCUUCACGUUGCCCUUGUCUCUGCCCUGCAAUCCUUCCCCACUAAGCCCCGCGUCUUCAUCCUCUCGGACAUCUCCAACGAGCCUGACGAUGCCGAGUCUCUCGUUCGCUACCUUGUCUACAGCAACCAGUUCCAGACCGAAGGCAUUGUCGCCGUCACAUCCACCUGGUUACGCGAUGAGGUCCAUCCAGAAGAUAUGCGCAAGAUCAUCAACGCAUACGGCGAGGUCGUCGACAACCUCAACCACCAUGCGCCGGACGACUCACCCUAUCCCUCUGCAGGAUACCUGCUGAGUGUCCUGCGACACGGCCCUGCAAAAUACGGCAUGUCCGCCGUAGGCGGCAACAACACCCUCAGCUCCGGCGCCCAGCUUCUCGUCGAGCGCCUCGAAGGCCCCUCCGACCAGCCGCUCUGGGUGCUCGCCUGGGGAGGCACCAACGUGCUCGCGCAAGCCCUCGACCACAUCCACCGCAAGCACACGCCCACGCAGGCUGCAGCCCUGCGCGCACGACUCCGCGUCUACACCAUCUCCGACCAGGACGACACCGGCGCCUGGAUCCGCCACCGGCACCCGGACAUCUUCUACAUCGCCUCCGUGCACGGCUGGAACCAGUACGGGCUGGCCGCGUGGACGGGGAUCUCUGGCGAGCACUACUACGGCUUCGACGCGGGCGGGCCAGACGACACCACACUGACUCGAGACUGGAUCCGUGAGCACAUCCAGAUCGGCCCGCUUGGCGCCGUCUACCCGGAUUACAAGUAUAUCAUCGAGGGUGACACCCCCAGCUUCCUGUAUUUGGUGCAGAACGGGCUGGGCGUGCCCGAGCACCCGGAGUACGGGUCUUGGGGUGGUCGGUACAAGCUGGUGACGCCGAGCCCGAACGGCCUGGACUUCCGACACUACGCGGAUGCGGGUGACAAGGUCGUCGGCGAUGGUAACCGUACGUAUCUCUCGAACCAGGCGACCAUCUGGCGCUGGCGCAACGCGUACCAGAACGACUUUGCGGCGCGCAUGCAGUGGUCCCUGCCUGCGAUGGUCGGGAAGGGGAAUCACCAUGUGGAGAUUGUGGUGAAUGGGACCGCGGGGCUGGAGCCGAUGACUGUGAAGGCUACGGCUGGGUCGACUGUCGUGCUGGAUGCGGGCGAGACGAGGGACCCAGACGGCGAUGCGCUGCGGUUCCGUUGGUUCCAUUAUCGCGAGCCGUCGUCGGAUGACUGGAACGCGGCGAACGUUGUGCCAUUGCUGGAGAUCUCGCCGUUUGGAACUUCCGGGGAAAAGGUACGCGUGCACGUCCCGUCGGCGGAGGUCUGUGACGGGGGAGAGUGUUUGCUUUUGCAUUUGAUCCUGGCGGUGACGGAUGCUGGGAGCCCUCCAUUGACGAUGUAUCGGAGGGUAUUGAUCCAAGUUGAGCAGUCUUAG